GGCUUCCGGUUCCUGGCCCUUCGCACAGGCCGGAGCCUGGUCGGUGUGGAGUUUGUAGCGGCAGACCCGAGCGACGGAGGGUGGACUCGGCUAGAGGUGGGCUCGAGUCCUGCACCUCCUGCGCCGCCACCCCAUGCCUGACGGGUGCGAGAGCUGGAGCUGGCCGAAGGUGGGCCGGGGUUGAAAGAAGCGGCCUGCAUGACCCGCCGGGACCCCACUCCAUCGCCUGGAAGAGCCCACUCUCCCUGGAUGGAAGACCAUCCUUGAAGAGGAUGACUGAGACGUUAUGGGCCACGCACUGUGUGUCUGCUCCCGGGGAACUCUCAUCAUUGACAAUAAGCGCUACCUCUUCGUCCAGAAACUGGGGGAGGGUGGGUUCAGCUACGUGGACCUAGUGGAGGGCUUGCAUGAUGGACACUUCUACGCCCUGAAGCGGAUCCUGUGCCAUGAGCAGCAGGACCAGGAAGAAGCCCAACGAGAGGCAGACAUGCAUCGCCUCUUCCAGCAUCCCAACAUCCUCCGCCUCAUGGCAUACUCUCUGAAAGAACGAGGUGCUAAGCAUGAAGCCUGGCUGCUGCUGCCCUUCUUCAAGAGAGGUACACUGUGGAAUGAGAUAGAAAGACUGAAGGACCAAGGCAGCUUCCUGACUGAAGACCAGAUCCUGCCGUUGUUGCUGGGUAUCUGCAGAGGCCUUGAGGCCAUUCAUGCCAAAGGUUAUGCACACAGGGACCUGAAGCCCACCAAUAUUUUGCUUGGUGAUGAGGGGCAGCCAGUUUUAAUGGACUUGGGUUCUAUGAAUCAAGCAUGCAUUCAAGUGGAGGGCUCUCGCCAGGCCCUAUCUCUGCAGGACUGGGCAGCCCAGCGGUGCACCAUCUCCUACCGGGCACCUGAACUUUUUUCUGUGCAAAGCCACUGUGUCAUCGAUGAGCGGACUGAUGUCUGGUCCCUAGGCUGUGUGCUUUAUGCCAUGAUGUUUGGGGAAGGCCCUUACGAUAUGGUGUUCCAGAAGGGUGACAGUGUGGCCCUUGCUGUGCAAAAUGAACUCAGCAUCCCACAAAGCCCCAGGCAUUCUUCAGCAUUGCGACAGCUAUUGGCUUCUAUGAUGACUGUGGACCCCCAGCAGCGGCCUCACAUCCCUGUCCUCCUCAGUCAGUUGGAGCCAUUGCAGCCACCAGCUCCUGGCCAGCACACCACCCAAAUCUGACCAAAUCAGUGGGCAUAUUGGGAAGAUGACCUUGAAGCGGCUCUCAUCCCUCAUUGGAACUCCUUCCAUUCUUCCCAGGAUGAAUCUCACGGCUAGGGGCAAGGAUUAUGGGUCCUUGUAUAUUUUGCUUUCUUAUCCCAAUACCUGGGCAAGGAACCUAGGGUGAGUUGGGGGAAAAUGAAACAGAAAAUAUGGCUCAAAGCUGGGCUGGUGGGUGCGCAUCUUGUUUUGUUUCCAGAUCUGGGAGCAGGAGAAUACAUAAAAAGGAGAAUGAAGUAAAAACAGACCGUG